CGAAGCUACCAGCUGUGACGUCAUUACUGCGCACGCGCAGACUCCUUCCUCGGCUGUAGAGGGAAACAUGGCGGCAUCCCUGUUCUGCGGCAGCUUGUCGGGCAGCCUGAGGAUUUCGGGGGCCAGAAGCGCGAUCAGCGCCGCGUCCAAGGUCCUUGGAGCAGCCUCUGGGCUUUUCGGAGGUCAUGGUUUCCCCAUCACAGCUGCCUUGCCUGCAGCAGCAGCAGAGGAACCUCUCCCUGCACGAAUACAUGAGCAUCGGCCUGCUGAAGGAUGCUGGCAUCUCUGUGCCAGUCGGCUUUGUGGCCAGCUCCUCCGACGAGGCCUAUGCUGUGGCCAAGCAGAUCGGUUCAAAGGAUCUGGUGGUGAAAGCUCAAGUGCUGGCUGGUGGGAGAGGAAAGGGAACGUUUGAGGGCGGCCUGAAAGGAGGCGUUAAGAUCGUCUACUCGCCAGAGGAGGCCCGUGACAUCUCCUCUCAGAUGAUCGGUCGGAAACUGUACACCAAACAGACGGGGGAGGCGGGCCGUAUCUGCAACCAGGUGUUCAUCUGUGAGCGCAGGUACCCCCGCAGAGAGUACUACUUUGCCAUCGCCAUGGAAAGAUCCUACCAGGGUCCCAUGCUGAUUGGCAGUUCACAGGGGGGCGUGAACAUCGAAGACGUGGCAGCAGAAAAUCCAGACGCCAUUGUGAAAGAGCCCAUCGAUAUUAUGGAGGGCAUUAAGAUGGAGCAGGCGGUGAAGGUGGCGCAGGAAAUGGGCUUCCCAUCGCCGCUCGUGAAGGAGGCGGCGGAGUGCAUGAUCAAACUGUACAAUCUGUUCAUCAAGUACGACGCCUCCAUGGUGGAGAUCAACCCCAUGGUGGAGGACUCCUCUGGCAUCGUCAUGUGCAUGGACGCCAAGAUCAACUUUGACUCCAACGCAGCAUACCGUCAGAAGAAGAUUUUUGACAUGCAGGACUGGACCCAGGAAGACCCUCGAGACCAGCAGGCUGCCACAGCUGACCUCAACUACAUUGGUCUGGAUGGAACCAUUGGCUGUCUGGUAAAUGGAGCCGGUCUGGCCAUGGCCACCAUGGACAUCAUCAAACUCCACGGUGGCACGCCAGCAAACUUCCUGGAUGUCGGAGGAGGAGCCACAGCACUACAGGUGACAGAGGCGUUUAAACUCAUCACUUCUGACCGGAAGGUCCAGGCCAUCCUGGUCAACAUCUUUGGAGGCAUUAUGCGGUGUGAUGUCAUCGCCCAGGGCAUCAUCAUGGCUGUAAGAGACCUGGACCUCAAGAUCCCCAUCGUAGUGCGGUUACAAGGGACGAGAGUGGACGAUGCCAAAGCGCUGAUUGCUGCCAGUCCGCUGAAAAUCCUGGCCUGUGAUGACCUGGAUGAAGCGGCGAAAAUGGUCGUGAGGCUUUCUGAAAUCGUGUCGUUGGCGAAGGAAGCUCAGGUGGACAUCACCUUCCAGCUGCCCAUUUAAAAAAAAAAAA